GCUGGCUGCACAGCCUCCGUCUCGUCUCGCGAGAACUUCAAGACGGGAUAGAACGGCUCGCGGGUGGCGAAGAGCCGGAGAGUAGAGACGGGAUGGAGUAGGGGCAGAAUGGAGAUGGACUACAAUUCCAUGGACCUGUCCAAUAACACAGGGGUUGAAGACAAUUCUGAAUUCAAGGAUUUUGAAGGAACAGACGUGAAGGACAUGAGAUUAGAAGCGGAAGCUGUUGUGAAUGAUGUGUUGUUUGCUGUGAGCAACAUGUUUGUCUCUAAAAGCCUCCCAUGCGCAGAAGAUGUGGCGUACAUCAACGUGGAAACUAGGGAAAGGAACAGAUAUUGCCUAGAGCUCACAGAAGCAGGACUUAGGGUGGUUGGCUAUGCUUUUGACCAGGUGGAUGACAGCGUACAAAAUCCCUAUCACGAGACUGUCUACUCUCUGUUGGACUCUGUUAGCCCAGCGUAUCGAGAAGCAUUUGGAAAUGCUUUGCUACAAAGACUAGAGGCUUUGAAAAGUGAUGGGCAGUCGUGAUUGAAUUUGCAAUCAAAAUGGGCUUCAACAAAAGUUGCUGCUGGAUCUAUAUAGUUUGUUCUGAGGCCUGAUGGCAGAGGGGGAGAAAUUAUUAACCUGAACUCUUUGCUUUCAAAAAAUCCCUUGUUCUAUGACUUGCAGUGACACCAAUUUGUAAACUAUGUCCUUGAUACUGUUGUUCAGAGUUAGUUGCCCAAUUUAUUUUUAAGGUAACGUAGUCACAUAUAUAGUUACUGUUCUUGGUUAAACUUUCCUUUAGAUAGUUACAAUGUAACACAGUCUAUAGUUUUUGUCUCCGAUAUUUAACUUUUUACUUUAAAAUUCUUCUAACAACUUUUGUAUUUGUUCAGUAGUGUGCUUCACAAAUAACUUGGUUUUAAGAAAACCAAAUAUUUGCCAUAGCUAAUUUAAUGAAAUGAAUUUUGUUUUGUAUUUAGCUCAACUUCUUGUAUGUGGAUUUACACAUUCUCUAGCUCAUUCAUUAGAGUGGUAAAAUGAAACAUUAUUAAAUAAAACAUCUCUUAGGAUAUGAUCCACUAAAACGUUAGGCCAGUACUUUUCAGUAACCGAACAACAGUGUGCAGUAUUUGGUGUAGUCUUGAGGGUAUCAAGCAGCAAUGCUAAACAAUAGAUAUAUUGUUGGCAUAAUGAAUGUAUUCAUCAGCUGAAAUACAAAUGGGAUAAGCACAGAAAUGAAAAAAAUAAAAAGCCACAUUCUGCAUAAAGCCCAAUCCUGCAUUGCUUUUGUUAAACUAUUAAUACUGUGUAAAGAGAACUAUUUGCAUUGCUUUGAAUGUUUACAUAAUGUACAGUAUAUCUAAAAGUAUUUUUGAAUCUUUA